AUGGACGACGAACAUGUAACUGUAUCUCCAGCUAAAAAAAAUCCAAAAGGAAAAUUUAUUGGCACUGGUCAAAAAAUUCACAAUUUUUGGAGGAACCGUGAAGUACCCACAAUUAAAAAAAUGUUGGUAGCCAUUAAUGAGGAUGAAGAAUUGCCUAAUAUGAAACGUACGUCAUUCCAGGCAGUAUUAAAAGAUUUACAAUUUGAAUACGUGAAAAAAAAUCGUAAUAGUGCACUUCUCGAAAGAGAAGAUAUAAUAACUUGGCGCCGAAGUUUUUUAACCAAAAUACAGCAUAACAGAACACAAAACAGACCGAUAUACUAUUUAGAUGAAACAUGGGUCAACGCUGGCGAAACACAUAGUAGAAAGUGGGUCGAUACGACGGUGACAUCAUCACGUGGAGCAUUUCUUGAAGGCCUAACAACAGGACAAAAAGAACCCUCCGGGAAAGGUAAGCGUCUCAUCGUUUUACACAUCGGGUCGACAGAUGGCUUUGUCUCGGGAGGCCUUUUAUGUUUCGAAUCGAAAACAAAUUCAUCAGACUACCACGACGAGAUGAAUGGAGAUACAUUCUAUGAAUGGUUUGUACGUAUUCUGCCGUUAUUAAAAGAAAAUGCCAUAAUUGUGAUGGACAAUGCCUCGUAUCACUCGGUGAAGAAAUGUAAAAUACCAAAUAUGUCUUGGAAAAAACAAGAAAUCGUAGAUUGGCUUGAGUGUAGAGGUGAGAUUGUUAUCCAUCCGACGUGUAAAAAUGAUUUAAUGAAUAAAGUGAGACAAUUAAAAGAUACAUACGACAAAUACGUCAUUGACGAAUACGCGAAAGACAAUAAAAAACUCGUAUUGCGAUUACCGCCAUACCAUUGCGAGCAAAAUCCUAUAGAGCUCGCGUGGUCAUCGGUAAAAAGUUAUGUCCGGACACACAACAACACAUUUAAAAUAAAGGACGUACUUGAGCUACUAAAAAAAGGGGUGGAACAUGUAACACCAGAAAUGUGGACCAAUUUUGUUGGACAUGCUAUAAAGGAGGAAGACAAGUUUAUGAACCUUGAACAUUUAAGUGAUGAAGUAAUGGACGGACAACCCGACGAAGAAGAACGUCAUAUCCUUACCAUAGGAACAGGUGAUACAAGUUCUUCGGAUGUAGACUCAGAUUGA